CACCAGGGGGCGCACUGACCCGCACUCUGCUGAAGCCGUCAUGGCGGCCUCCAGUGUGUUUCGAGCAGGUCUGUUUAACCAUAAAGUUGCCAUAGUCACCGGCGGAGGCUCCGGUAUCGGUAAAGCCAUUUCUUCAGAACUCCUGCAGCUCGGCUGCAGCGUGGUGAUCUCCAGCAGAAAGGCAGAGAAGCUGGAGGCAGCAGCUCAGGAGAUGAGACAGAAAAUCCCUCCCUCCAGCCCGGCAUGGGUGACAGCCGUACCGUGCAACAUACGCAACGAAGAUGAGGUGAAAGCGCUUGUAUCAUCCGUGUUGAAGGAGUUCAGCCAGAUAGAUUUCCUGGUUAACAAUGGAGGAGGUCAGUUCAGCAGCCCAGUGGAGGACAUGACCUCCAAAGGCUGGAAGGCUGUGAUAGACACCAACCUGACCGGAACAUUUCACUGCUGCAAGGAAGUCUACACUGCAUGGAUGAAAGAGCACGGCGGCGUGAUUGUCAACAUUAUUGCUGACAUGUGGCGAGGUUUCCCUGGCAUGGCCCACACAGGGGCAGCAAGAGCAGCGGUAGAUAAUUUAACCAAGAGUCUGGCCAUCGAGUGGGCGGCCUCGGGAGUCCGAGUCAACGCUAUUGCACCUGGCACCAUUUUUUCCAAAACUGCAAUGGCGAACUACAAGGAUGUUGGGCCGCAUCUUUUCAAGAUUUCCGUUCCUUUUAGUCCCGCAAAGAGGCUGGGAGUACCAGAAGAGAUCUCGUCUGCGGUGUGUUUUAUGCUUUCACCCGCUGCCUCGUUCAUCUCUGGAGCCACCCUAAAGGUCGAUGCAGGUCAGAGUCUUUACCGCUCCGUAUGGGAGAUACCUGACCACAACGCCUGGCCUGAGGCUCCAGAGGGGGAAAACCUGGACUCUCUGAGGGAGCUGCUUAACCCAAAAAGUAAACUGUGAUCACUUUUAAGACAUAGAAACCAGUGUGUGUGUGCAUACACACAUAUACUUUGCCAAUAAAAGAAUCAUCACAUCAUGUAGGUGUGUUUCCUCUGCAGGGAUUUGACCCUCGGUUCUGACCUGCCUUUUAUGUUAUUUCUGAGAUUUUCAGCACGUGAAAACAUUUUUCCCACCA